AUGUAUGCGGACCAGAAGUUUCGGGACUUAGAGUUUAGAGUGAGAGAGCAGGUGCUCCUAAAGAUCUCACCCAUGAAGGGUGCUAUGCGAUUUAUUAAAAGGGACAAGUUGAGUCCAAGGUACCUUGGCCUAUUUGAGGUCCUUCGUAGAGUUGGAGAUAUUGCUUAUGAGUUGGUGUUGCCACCGAGCCUAUCAAGUGUUCAUCCAGUUUUCCAUGUGUCCAUUCAGAAGAAGUAUCAUUCUGAUGGUUCCUAUAUAGUUCGUUGGGAUUCUGUGUUGGUUGAUGAGAAUUUGUCUUAUGAGGAGGAGCCUAUAGUGAUUCUGGAUAGGCAGGUUAGAAAGUUGAGGUCGAAAGAGAUUGUUUCGAUCAGCGUUUAG